AUGCCUGGUCGUCCUCUUUCGAUCUCCCAGGUGGAGAGACUGAAGCCGGCUCCGGUCACUACUUCGGAUUCUUCCUCGAGCGUAGAGAAACUUACCCCCCUAGAGCCCGUGCACUUGGAUAAGCCCAAGCUCGUCGAUCUUAGACGGUCCCUCAUCAUUUCCAACGCCCCGGACACUACACCUGAUGAUAAACCCUCCGUAGAGGAGAAGGGCGAAAUAUGGGCGGGUUUCGAGAACGACCCACUCCCCGACAAGAAGCAGGGCCGGAUUGUGCGGAACUUGCGUUUCCAGAUCAUGUCACUGUAUCGCAGGCUAUUUGGUAUCAUCUUCGUGAUAAACAUGGGGGUGUUCAUCUGGUACUGCGUCAAAGGCACGAAUGCGAAUCAACUUGGAACGGUUGUCAUCGCGAAUCUCUUCACUGCGAUUCUCAUGCGGCAAGAUUAUGUGAUCAAUGCAUUCUUCACUGUCGCCUGUCUUGCUCCCAAUACUUGGCCGCUGUGGAUACGUCGUAUUCUGGCUAGAGUUUAUUCUAUCGGUGGCAUCCACUCCGGAGCAGCAGUCAGCGGUACAGUCUGGCUGAUUUUGUUUGUCGGCAAAGCAACCAGAGAGUUCAUUGACAAGGAGAAUAUCACUGCACCAACGCUGGCCAUCUCAUACAUUGUCCUCGUCCUCCUUCUCGCUAUGGUAGUUUUUGCAUAUCCCGAAUUCCGCGUGAAGCAUCAUGAUGCAUUCGAGAUGAUUCACCGCUUCGCCGGCUGGACGGCAGUUGCUUUAGUGUGGGCGCAGGUUAUCUUGCUCAUCAACAAUUACCGCGUUCCUGGUGAGACUCUGCACCACGCCAUCAAGCAUUCCGCGUCAUUUUGGCUGGUUGUAAUCUUGACGGCCUCCAUCAUACUGCCAUGGCUGCGGCUGCGCAAGGUUCCCGUGCGUGCCGAGGUACUCUCAGACCACUGUGUCAGACUGCACUUUGAUUACGUUGACACCGAACCUGGACACUUUACACGGCUGUCGGUGGAUCCGCUCUUUGAGUGGCAUUCGUUCGCUACCAUCUCCGAGCCCGGAAAGAAGGGCUACUCUGCUGUCGUGUCCAGGGCGGGCGACUGGACGAAGAGUCAGAUCGGCAACCCACCAGACAAGAUCUGGGUCCGCGGCAUCCCCUGCUUCGGCGUCGUGCGCGUCACACCGCUGUUCCGUCGGGUGGUGAUGGUGGCCACCGGGAGUGGGAUCGGACCAAUCGCGCCUGUGGUAUUUGCGAAGCGCACAGAGAUCCAGCUGCUGUGGACGGCGCCGGCUGUCCGCCAGACGUUCGGUGACAAAUUGGUGGACUCGUUGCUCGAAGCUGCGCCACAAUCUGCCAUCUACGACACCCGAGUGCAUGGCCGGCCCGACUUGGUGAAGCUUACCUACCGAAUGGUGCGCGAGUUCAAUGCGGAGGCUGUGGUCAUCAUCUCCAACCAGGCGAUUACGGAGAAGGUCGUGUAUGGGAUGAUGAGCCGUGGUAUUCCGGCUUUUGGGGCCAUUUGGGAUUCUUGA